UUUUUUCGCGUUCUGUCUGCUGGUAAAGCUCACCUCCUGUCCGCGCUGGCCGUCCCUUUGGAAGGCUCAGGACCGCGUCUCGCCGCCCCCCUCCCCCCGUUCCUCCACGCACCGGGUUAGCGCAGGCUUCAACGACGGGAGCUCUCGAGGGACAUGGCAACUCCAGCGGCGCCGGCCGGCGGCGCCCGAAAUGGAGCCGGCCCGGAAUGGGGAGGCUUCGAAGAAAACAUCCAGGGUGGGGGCUCCGCUGUGAUUGACAUGGAAAACAUGGAUGACACCUCGGGCUCCAGCUUUGAGGACAUGGGUGAGCUCCAUCAGCGCCUGCGCGAGGAAGAAGUAGACGCCGAUGCGGCUGCUGCGGAAGAGGAGGAUGGGGAGUUCCUGGGCAUGAAAGGCUUUAAGGGACAGCUGAGCCGACAAGUGGCUGAUCAGAUGUGGCAGGCCGGGAAGAGACAAGCUUCCAGGGCCUUCAGCUUGUAUGCCAAUAUCGACAUCCUGAGACCCUACUUUGACGUGGAGCCUGCUCAGGUGCGAAGCAGGCUCCUGGAGUCCAUGAUCCCUAUCAAGAUGGUCAGCUUCCCCCAGAAAAUCGCAGGUGAGCUCUACGGACCCCUCAUGCUGGUCUUCACGCUGGUUGCCAUCCUCCUGCAUGGGAUGAAGACAUCGGACACCAUUAUCCGGGAGGGUACCCUGAUGGGCACAGCCAUUGGCACCUGCUUCGGCUACUGGCUGGGUGUGUCCUCCUUCAUUUACUUCCUCGCCUACUUGUGCAAUGCCCAGAUCACCAUGCUCCAGAUGCUGGCACUGCUGGGCUAUGGCCUCUUUGGGCACUGCAUUGUCCUGUUCAUCACCUAUAACAUCCACCUCCACGCCCUCUUCUACCUCUUCUGGCUCCUGGUGGGUGGACUGUCCACCCUGCGCAUGGUGGCAGUGUUGGUGUCCCGAACCGUGGGUCCCACCCAGCGGCUGCUGCUCUGCGGCACGCUGGCGGCCCUGCACAUGCUCUUCCUGCUGUAUCUGCAUUUUGCCUAUCACAAGGUGGUGGAGGGGAUCCUGGACACCCUGGAGGGUCCCAACAUCCCACCCAUGCAGAGAGUCCCCCGGGAUGUCCCUGCUGUGCUCCCGGCCGCCAGGCUUUCUGCCACGGUACUCAAUGCCACAGCCAGGGCCAUUGCAGUGACCCUGCAAGCACACUGACACCACCUGCACCCCUGGCCAGCCCCGUCUCCCCAGCUGCGGAGCCGAAGAAAAUUAAAGGACCGCGCUGACAACAUGUGUCUCUUUGAGGUCUGGAGCAGCCACUGGGCUGUGGCUGCUUCAGCACCUCUGUGACACCUGUCCUGGCUUCUAAAGGGCACAAGGCCAGAGACGUCUGGCCGGGACUGCAAGGCUCUGCAGCCAGUUCAGAAAGUAGGUCAGCUCCUCUGAGGCCCCUCACCUCGCCACCUACCCUUUGUCCCCCCCCACACACAUGCCUCAUUGUCUUGCUAAAUAUAGACUUGGUAAUUAAAAUAUUGAUUGAAGUCUGGAACCGCA